AUGGCCUACCUUCUACUAAUUACAUUUGCUAGUGUAUCUGGGAUCCUUGUCAAAGGGUGUACGAAUACGGGAAUUGCUGAUUGCUUCAGGCAACAUAUGCAUUCAUUGCAAAACUUUGCAAACAAGAUUAACUCACCAGAAAUUUUAAAGAGAUUGAAUGCCAAAGACACUGUAGAGGAAUAUUGUAGCUCAAUGAAGAGUUUAAGACCAUGCUUAGAGGACGUCAAAAUGAAAUGUUUGAUUACAAACAGAAUCACUUUCACCAUAGACGUGUUGACUGCUCCUUCGAAAUUUCUGUGUUCAGAAGGAAAGCAAGAUUUCAUUGACCAUUUCCAAUGUGCGAUUCUUGAUCAUAUCCAAAAUCAAACAAGUUUUGAGAUAUGCCAAAAUUAUAUGAAAGAAUUAUUCGAAUCUGUCAUAGAGUCCCAGAUAGGUAGUUCUAAUAAUGAUGGCAAAAUAUGCAGAGCAGCAAAUAAAACCGUAAUGUGUAUGGAAGAAGAAGCAAACAAAUUGUGCAGUGACGAAGCAACCAAAGUCAUGCGUGCAAAAAUGGAAGCUGCGAUUCAGCCAUUGAAGAAAAACAUAUCAUGUGAUAAUAAUACAAUUGUACGUGUACAUGGAUGUAACAAAGACGGGUUUUCUAAAUGCCUACUGCAGUCAUCUAUACCAAAUUUUGUGAGGAAAUUAAAAUCAAUAAACAAUUACAAGAUUUUAAAUACAGAAAAGAUCGUUGAUGAAUAUUGCAGUAUCAUACGGGAGCCAAGUCAUUGCUUAGAAGACAUCAAAACCACAUGUCAUUCUACAAAUAGUGUCUCCCUUAACAUAGACACCGUGCUCUCUGCUGACACCUUCCUGUGUACUGUCGGGAAACAAGGCUUUAUUAAGAACUUCAAAUGUGUAGUGGUUGACAUUCUCUUUGGUAGAGGUCUUCAUUCCUGUGUAAAAAACCACAUGACAGAAUUAAAAGCUAACAUCAUUUUGGCUGAGACAGGUGGUUCUGGUAUGUCCAGAGAAAUCUCUGAAAAUAUAUGCAGGUAUGUUUUCAUACGUUGA